AUGCAAUCACGGGAUACAUAUGUGAUGCCAGCAAGUCCUGCCAGUGGGCAGCUGGCCACUGCUGCGGCAGACUCAGUCCCUGCAGUGAAAAAGGCACAGGGCCGUGUGCCGGCAUGCUUGGUCAAUGCUUCAUUAACGUACUGCGACAAUGAUACUAUCUAUGCCUUUGGCGGCUUCGACCAGUACACUGAUGAAGUGUACAACCACGUGCUCCGACUUGACUUGAACACUUUGAAAUGGGAAUUGGUCAAUAAUUACGGUGAUAUUCCGGGUGUUCGCAUGGGGCACACCGCUAGCCUCUACCAGGGGGACAAGCUGAUCAUCUUUGGAGGCGAAAACGAACAUCGCGAGUAUCUCUCCGACAUCAUCAUUCUUGAUCUCAAGACCUUCCACUGGACUUUGCCUCAAAUCUCGGGUGUAGUCCCGCGGGGCCGAGCGCGCCACGCUGCUGUCAUUCAUGACCACAAAUUAUUUAUUUCGGGAGGCGUCACGGGUGAGAACAGUGUGAUCCUCGAUGAUUUGAGCUAUUUGGACUUGCAAACCUGGACCUGGUCGCGAACAUGGAGUUUCACCGCUCGGUACGAUCACACUGCUUGGGUUUGGGGCAACCGACUUUGGAUUUUUGGAGGACUGGAUCCAAACAUGGAACGUACAUCGGACAUCUGGUGGCUUGAUCUCAAGGGUUCACCUUCUUUGACUGGAAUGAAGUCCGCCUCAGGUACUGUGCGUCUCCCAAAUAUGUACUCGCCCUCUACUCAUCUCUCAGACCUGGUAUCCAGCCCAGCUUCACAGCAGCUUUCACCUCGCUCGGGCGUGUAUCCGGCCAACUCCGCCAGUAUUCAAGUGCGCAAUCUCAGUCGUCGCAAACCCCUCGCCCCAGGCGCAAUCUCCUCUAUGCGAUUCGUUGCCGGGCCCAACGUGCCUCAACAAUCCUCCGGGACACAGUUCCAGUCAUUCACCUCGGGAGCUUUGCUGAACUUUAUCACGCCUUCCGAAACUGUGCGGUCGCAGGACUGUAGCCUCUCCGCGCUGGAUCUCAACUCUUUGCGCUGGCAGCGGCUGGCUGACGGACCGGAAAUCUUCCGGCCUGGCUUCCGCUGGCAUUAUUGUACCGUCAACCAAACAGGGACAAAAGCCUGGUUGCUGGGAUGUAGCCUCGACCUGGCCAAUGCGCCAGGGGCUGUCGAUGAGAAUCACAUGAGUCAAAUUCUGGCUAUCGAUUUGGAGAGAUAUGGCAUCCUCGGUAAUACUCUCUCCGCCGACGCUCCCCUGCAGGGUGUCUCGUGGCCAGAUGACCGACCAGGGCAGUCGCCCGUGUCGAGCCUUGGGGCUGACCUUGCUACUGUCUUUGACCAAUCCCCUGAGUCGGGCAGCGGUGCGGACUUUGUCAUCACCGCGAUACGUGACGAUCAUGACGCCUCCGUCUCAGAUGACCCGGGGAACAGUCCGGCCGGUGCCCCCGCUCAUGCCCAGUGCACCUUUGUGGAGCCAACGGCUGCCACAUCGGACCCAAUCCAUGUGCACAAGAUCAUCCUCCAACUACGGUGGCCGCAUUUCAAGCGCCUAUAUGCCGCCCAGAUGGCCGAGUAUCAUACGAAGAGGAUGCACAUCCCUGAGCCCUACUCCGCGGUGCGAGCCUUUUUGUAUUAUCUCUACACCGAUAGCAUUGCGGGACAUCCCGAGUACUGCUCGAGUGUGGCCGACGUGGCGGGCAUGUUAGUCAUGGCCAACCUCUAUGACAUGCCUAAACUCCGUCUGCUCUGUGUCAAUCGGCUGAGCUCUGAGUUGGAUGUGGAGAACGCCGCCAUCGUAUGGGAACGAGCUGGUCGGACAAAUGAGCAUUGGCUGAUGCGCCGUGCGGCACAAUUCUGCCUGACACACUGGGGUCGCAUUGUCCGGACGGAUGGGUUCAAAUCUCUGAGCCAUGAGAGCUUGAUCCGACUCUGCGAAGUGGUCGAUACCGAGGGACGUAUCGUGGCGGGACCUGAUCUGGAGAUGGUCGGCGCGUUUGGGGCGGAUACCCACUAUGACCGGGACUCCAGGCCUGCCCACAACCGGUUAGCUUCCGGCGUGAGCUUAGAUGAUGAAUCCGAAGAUGAAGACAUGAUCCUCUCAUGA